UUAAAUAUCAUUUCAUAUCAGCAAAUGCGUACAAUGAAAAAGCAACAAUUGCUUGAUUUAAUGAGAGAACAUUCGAAUAACUUAUAUAAUAUAUUCCCAUUUGAAAAUGGAGCAUAUAAUUAUAUUGAAAGACCACAAGUUAUCCGAGAACAAAAGUUAGGUGAAAUAUUUCCAUUUCAAGAAGCCAUAUUUGCAGAUUAUAGAGAAUUCCAUAAUACUGUAAGAAAUACUACUUAUAAUAAUGAAAGAGGUAGUAAUAUAGAGAAGUUCUUCGAUAAAAUGAGAAAUAGAGUAAUUAAUGAUAAGAAGGAAACAAACGUUAAAGUGGGUUUCAAUGUAGAAAUAGAAAUGAUUAAACCAGGUACUAAUGAAACUAUCAAUUUCUUUAUACAACUUGAGAAUAGUAGACUAUUACAAGAAGAGGAUAGAGAUGAUUUUUAUACUGAAAAAUGUAGAAAAAUUGAAGAUAGGAUUCAUCGACAAGAACUAAAUGGAUCUGGGUGGUCGUUUAAUAGAAUUAGAAAUAUGAUUAUGACCCAAAAUGUUCAUUGACAAUUUAGAGGUGGAAAUUAUAUUCCUCUUCCAAAAUGGAUUGCAAAUAAGAAGGCCAUUACUAAAUAUUAAGAAUACUGAUGAGAGGAGCAGUAAAUGAUAUCCCAAAAGUAGAGAAAUUAAAUAAUUUAGCUAUCAAUGUAUUCAGUAAUGAUACAAAUUCAAUUAUUCCAGUACAUAUAUCUAAAAAAUCUACAAGUGUUUCAGAAAAUAGAAUUAUUGAUUUAUUCCUGAUUAAAAAUGAAGAUAGAAUGCACUAUUGUUUAGUUAAGAAUAUCAAUUAUCUUAUUGGAAAUGAAAGUAGUAAUCACUCUGGAUUAAACUCUGUAUGUAGGUAUUGUUUUAAUUCAUUCAGAUCCAAAACUAAAUAUGAUAAUCAUUUAGAAAUUAUGUUAAAUUUGAUCAAAGCUUUGAUUCAAGCGUUAAAUCAUGGACUUAAGUUAAAGAAAAUCCAUAGAAUCUUAACGUUCAAAGAAAGUGCUUGGAUGAAAAAAUAUAUUAUGUUAAAUACCAAUCUGAGGAAACAAGCGAAAAAUGAUUUUGAAAAGGAUUUCUUCAAAUUGAUGAAUAAUUCGGUAUUUGGAAAAACUAUGGAAAAUAUUAGAAAUAGAGUCAAUAUUAGAUUAGUCACCGAUGAUGAUAGUGCUUUGAAGUUAAUUAGAAAACCAAAUUUCAAAAAUAGUACUAUCAUAACUGAAGAUUUGUUAAGUGUAGAAUUAACGAAAACUAAGUUGGUAUUUGAUAAGCCAAUAUAUGUAGGUCUAAGUAUUCUAGAUUUAAGUAAAUAUCUAAUGUAUCAGUUUCACUACGAUGUAAUGCAAAAACAUUAUGGAGAUAAAAUCAAAUUAUGUUAUCAGGAUACUGACAGUUUGAUAUAUGAGGUAGAAACCGAGGAUAUUUAUGAAGAUAUGGGUAAUAUGAAAGAGUGGUUUGACUUUAGUGACUAUCCUAAGAAUCAUCCGUUAUAUGAUGAAAGUAAUAAGAAAGUUAUCGGAAAAUUCAAGGAUGAGUUGAACGGUAAAAAUAUGGAUGAAGGAGUGUUCUUAAAGCCUAAACAGUACGAUUUUAAUGUAGAAGGUGCAGAGAAAAAGAAAUCCAAAGGUGUGAAAAAGAACGUUACUAAAACGUUGACUUUAGAUGACUUCAAGCGAUGUCUAUUCCAAAAUGAAGUUAUUAGAAAAACACAAUAUAUGAUUCGAGCUAAGAGUCAUCAAUUUAGCAAAAUAAAGUAGCUCUGAAUGAAGAUGAUGUAGAUGAAUUCAAAAGAUAUAUUUGUAGUGAUAAAUCGAAUACGCUAGCACAUGGUCAUUAUAAAAUUUA